AUGAACUUCCUCUCCUCAGCGCUGCGUCCACAGGGUCGCGAACAUGUGAAUGACCCGGAGAAAGAUGGCGCGGUGGGACGUACGCCGAUGGUGAAUUGCGCGACGAUACUGGAGCCAGCCGCUAUGCAGCAACUUGAUACUUUUAGACACAUGGUCGGUAUUCACAGUGCGAAGGGGCAUACGGAGAAUGCGCAUAAUCAUUUACAUUUUGACGGACGGGCGGCGCCGAAUGUGGGGAUUUACAACCGCGUCUGCCAUCGCGAAGGCCAAGCCAAACGCGGCUUCGAGCUCGCCACUCUCUUCAUCAACGGCUGUCUCGGCCUGCAAGUCAUCGUCGCCGCAGCCUUGACUGCCAUGGACGCUGAAGCUUUGGUUCGCGAGGAAGUUAUAUACGACCUUAUUCUAUGCACCGUAGCACGAGGCCACUUAGUACUUCGUCCUCUUCCGCGUCUGACAGUCUAG